AUGCUGAUUCAGGAGAUGAAUGAUGGAGAGUACCUGCUGGGCGACCGCAGCUUGGGGGCGGGGCCCGUCGCCUUCUCGCUCAUGGCCAGCUUCAUGUCGGCCAUCACGCUGCUCGGCGUCAGCUCCGAGAACUUCGUGUACGGCGCACAGUUCAUCGCCAUCAACCUGGGCUACGGGCUGGUCACCCCUGUGGCUGCCUACCUCUUCCUGCCCGUCUUCUUCCGCCUCCAGGCUGCCAGCGCCUACCAGUACCUGGAGAUGCGCUUCGGCGUGGCGGCCCGGCUGUGCGCCAGCAUUGCCUUCUCGCUGCAGAUGGUGCUCUACAUGGGCAUAGUGCUGUACGCGCCAGCGCUCGCCAUCCGCGCCACCACAGGCCUGGAUGAGAACGCCUCCAUCCUGGCCGUGGGGCUCAUCUGCACCUUCUACUCCACCAUCGGCGGCAUGAAGGCCGUCGUCAUCACCGACGUCUUCCAGUCUCUAUUAAUGUUCGCAGCAGUGUUCCUGGUCAGUAUUAAAGGUUCCAUUGAUGCAGGAGGCUUCGACAAGGUGUGGGAGAUAGCCACCACUGGGGGCCGUGCAGACUUCUCCAGCAUUUCUGCUGACCCCACGGUGCGCCAUACGUGGUGGUCACUCAUCAUUGGUGGCGGCUUCACCUACCUGUGCCUGUAUGCCGUCAACCAGACACAGGUUCAGAGGCUGCUCUCUACCAGGGAUCUGGCAACGGCACAGCGCGCCCUCUGGUGGUCAUGGCCGGUACUUAGUUUGCUCAGCCUGACCACUUCGUUCGCUGGUCUGGCCAUGUACUCCUACUACUACACCUGUGACCCACUCACCAGCAAGAGGAUCGAGAGGCUAGACCAGCUGAUGCCGUUGUAUGUGGUGGACACAAUGAGCGGCAUGCCGGGCUUGCCGGGCCUCUUCAUCGCUGGCAUCUUCAGUGGUUCCCUGAGCACCGUCUCAUCAGCUGUCAACUCGCUGGCUGCCGUCACAUUGGAGGAUUACUUUAAGCCACUGUACGUGCGGUACCGGGGCCACCCACUGGCGGAGUCGCGGUCGCCACUUGUGGGGAAGCUGCUGGCACUGGCAUUCGGACUGCUGUUCCUGGGACUGGCCUUCAUGGCGCAGUUCCUGGGUGGCGUGCUGCAGGCCAGCCUCACGAUAUUCGGCGCUGUCGGCGGACCUGUGCUCGGCUUCUUCUCGCUCGGCAUGUUCCUGCCCCACGCCAACGAGCCGGGAGCCAUAACGGGCCUGGCCACGGGGCUCGCCUUCUCCAUGUGGGUCGGCUUCGGCGUCCCCCGGCCAGACGCAGUAAGGCUGCCCACCAGGACGGACGGCUGCGACUUCAACGUUACGGCCACACCGCCGCCGCCCACCCAGGACCCCAGCGAGUACUUCUACCUGUACCGCGUGUCGUACCUGUGGGUUGUCGUGCUGGGAUUCCUGCUGACACUCGUCGUGGGCACCAUCGCGUCGUGGGUGGCGGGCGUCACCUGCGAGGGGGACCGCAGCGUGCCGCCGCCAGACCCCGACCUCUUCGUGCCGCCAGUCCGGAGGGUGCUGCUCGCGAGGAGAGGGCGCAGGCAACUGACUUAUGAAGAAGUAGAAGAAGAAGAAGAAGAAGAAGAAGAUGAUGAUUUCAGAGGCUCCAACCCGGUGCAGCUGACACGUGUCGCCGGUGACCUGUCCAAUGGUGUGGGACCAGCUGCAGACACCAAGAGCCAGGAGGAGCCGCUCAAUGGCAUAGGUGGCCACCACGUCACCCCAAUGUGA